CGAGGCGCCUGGCGCCCGCGACACACGCGACAUGGCGCAUCCACAAUCGUAUGGCCUCGAUGCCCGCCCUCGCGGAGGAACCUCCAGUGCAGUCGCAACCGUCGUUCCCCGGGGGUGAGCCGACCGGUCCAUCGAUGCGCACGCCGUGUCCCGGCCCGGAGUCCGAGCGCAUGCGCGCGCAACUCGGCGCGACCCAGGAGACCGGCGCGGUCAAGUACUUCGUCGACAUGGAAAAGUCGCGCGGCAAUUACGUCGUGGACGUCGACGGUAACCGCAUGCUGGACAUGUUCUCGCACAUCGCGUCCCUCCCGAUCGGGUACAAUAAUCCACGAAUGCUCGACGUGUUCCGAGAUCCCGCCAACCUGACCUGGCUGGCGCACAGACCCGCGCUCUUCAACCUGCCCCCCGCGGGCUGGGCGGAGCGGAUCCAGUCCACGCUGAUGCGCGUCGCGCCCCCGGGGUUGACGCACGUCACCACCCAGAUGUGCGGAUCGUGCGCCAACGAGAACGCCAUGAAGCAGGUGUACAUCGCGGUCGCGAACGCCAGGCGCGCGGCGGACGGUCUCGCCGGUCCGACCCCCGAGGAGCUCGAAUCGUCGAUGGUCAACAGCGCGCCGGGCGCGAAGCCGUACAAGAUCAUGUCCUUCCACGGCGCCUUUCACGGCCGCACGCACGGCUGUUUGUCCGUCACGCACAGUAAGCCCAUACACAAGCUGGACGUCCCCGCGUACGACUGGCCCAUCGCGCCCUUUCCCAAGCUCAAGUACCCGUUGGCGGCAAACGUCGACGCGAACGACGCUGAGGAGCGGCGCUGCCUCGACGCCGCGAUUGCGCUGAUGGACGCCGAUCCCGACGUCGUGGGGCUCAUCGUCGAGCCCGUGCAGGCGGAGGGGGGCGAUAACCACGCGUCCCCGGGUUUUUUCCGGGCACUGCGUCGCGCCGCGUCGGACCGCGGUGUCAAGUUCAUCGUCGACGAGGUUCAAACCGGGUGCGCCGCGAGCGGAUCGUUCUGGGCGCACGAGGCGUGGGAGCUGGACGACCCUCCGGAUGCGGUGACGUUCAGCAAGAAGAUGCAGAUCGCCGGGUACUACACCAAGGCUGAUCUGGUGCCGGACCAGCCCUACCGCGUGUUCAACACCUGGAUGGGCGACCCGUCCAAAGUUCUGAUGCUCGAGGCGGUCAUCGACUGCGUGGAGCGAGACGGGCUCAUCGCCAACGCCAGGGAGACGGGCGACGCCCUAAAGGGUGGCCUCGAGGCGCUCGCGGCGGCGUACCCGGGAAAACUGAUGAACGUACGCGGCGUGGGCACGCUCGUCGCGGCGGACCUAGCCUCGGGUGCCGAGAGGGACCGCGCCGUCAAGGAACUCAGGGCUGAGGGAGUCGACAUCGCGCACUGCGGAGAGGCGGCGAUCAGGUGCCGACCCGGGCUGUACUUCACGCCGGAGCACGCUCGCGUGUUCCUCGACGCGUUUGACCGCGUGCUGCGUAGGAUGUGAAGAUCGAUCGUCAUGUAAGAUUCUUUUGUACCGCGUCGUCGCGGCUGUAAAAAACAAAUUUGUCCCCUCCCUCGGGUCGUGGCUUGAUGGGAGGCUCAUCAUUUCAUGUGAAUUGAAUAAGUCAGGGUUAUUAAAACUUAUAUAAAGGCAGAUGGUGCUCA